AGGUGGGGAGUGGUAGGAGGUGGUGCUAGGGAGUUGGACAAGACAUCCUCUUCAUUCUUUACACAGAUUUGAGGAUUGAGGUGUGUUUUGUGUUCUUUAACACUGCUUUCAAUUUGGAUUGCGAAGCAUCUUUUGAACUAAGAAAACUAGAGGCAACCCAGGAAGAAGAAUACAGGACCAGGAAUGACAGUAAGCCUCGGAUUUACUGUAGAGUAAAGGAAGAGGAACAAAAUGAUAUACAAAGAAGUUCAUAGAUUUGCUUCAGGCUUCAUGCUGUAGGCUAUGGGAGGACUAUGGUAACAAAUGAGUCAUAGAAACUCACUCAUACGACCACACAUUAUCAUUGACUCAGUGAAUAAGGUAAACCGUUUAAUAGUCACUGUGCUCUCUGCCACACAAAAUUAAUAUUGUAAAGACGUAGGUGAUAUAUAGAUAUACAUACAGUAUAUACACAUAAAAGUCCAGCAGACACACAUACAUUCACACAGGGACAAAUACAUAGACUUAAAGAACAUAAAGAACCAACACCCACACAAACUCUGAGGCAGCCAUGAGGGUUGUAUUGGUGAUAGGAGGCCUAACUAUCCUGGUCUCUAUGGGCCUGGCCCUGAUCGUCUUUGGCCAGCCCCUGACAGAAGCCAAGCUGACCCUGCAGAACCUGCAUCUGGAUCAGAUGCAGAGGGCGCGCAUCAACCAACUCAAGGAGAGGCAGUGGCUGGAAAACUUGCUGAAGGGGCAGAUAGACUGGAAGAAGAAGAAUGUGGAGGAGAUGAUGGCAGAGGUGAAGAAACUGACCGAAGAGGAGGGGAAGAAGAAGACUGAGGUCGAGGCCUGCCAGGCAGACAAGAAACAAAAGGAGGAAGUACUUGCACCCAUACAGAAGGAGCAGAGUGAUAUUGAAGCGACCUUCAAAACUGAAAAGGAGGCUUGGACUGGGGAGAUCACCACACUCAAACAGCAGUUGGAGCAGAGGAGCAAAGUGUGUGGUUUUGUGAAGGACUCAACAGAUACAGCGAAAUUAUGUCCACCCAAAGAAGGAGCAGCAAAAGCUGAAGCGGCCCCUGCCCCUGUAAAAAAAGCUGAAGCGGCCCCUGUAAAAGCUGAAAAAGCGGCCCCUGUAAAAGCUGAAGUGGCCCCUGUCAAAGCUGAAGCCCCUGUCAAAGUGGCCCCUGUAAAAGCUGGCCCCCCUGUAAAAGCGGCCCCUGUAAAAGCUGAAGCGGCCCCUGUCAAAGCUGCCCCCUGUAAAAGCUGA